AUGGGAUUCAAAGCUAAAGGAAAUGAGAAUCUGGGAUUCACUAGGAGCUACUAUGAUAUGUGCUUGUAUUUUAAAGGAUCAAAAUUAGAUGAUGUGAUCUACCUACUGUUAUAUGUGGACGAUAUGCUUAUUAUAAGUAAGGAAAGGUCAAAGCCUGACCUUACUUAUGCCAUUAGUGUACUCAGUAAAUACAUGUCUAACCCUGGAAGAGAACACUGGAAUGCAAUGAAAUGGGAUUUCAGUUACCUAAAAGGAUCUACUGAUACUGGUCUUAAGUUUACUAAGAGACCAAACAACACCCUAAUAGAAGGAUACAGUGAUGCAAAUUAUGCUGGAGAUAGAGAUAGUAGAAAAUCUACCUCAGUCGAUUUCUUUCUACUUGGAGGUAAUUGUGUGAGUUGGAGGGUUCAACUACAACUUGUGGUUGUCCUAUCUACUACUGAAUCUGAAUAUGUAUCCAUUACAUAA